CAAGCAAUAAGCGCGAUGAACUACAUGUCCCACACAUCUGUUCAAAUCCCCAUUCAGCUGAAGAAUGGCUGCGAGGUAGUUACGAUUGAGGGACGAAUAUAUUCCGUCUGCUUUGCAACUAACAUGGCCAGUGCUUUGCUUUUGCGAGCCGUUCGCACGCGUGGAGUCAGACCAGUGCCCCAGUUUAAGACACAACUGCGGGUGGAUGAUCUGGGGCUGUCCCGAAUCUGUAAUUCAAUCCCAAUGAAGCCCGGGGCGGCCACAAUCAGUUCUUUACAACACAAUCUGGAUUCACUUUACUGCUUUAGAUUAGUUUCCAGUCGAUGCAUUUUUACCGACACCACCCUGAGAAGAAAUAAUGCAGUUCCCGAGAGGAAGCAAGACAGCAAAGUGACAUUAAGAAGAAGUUCACCGCCUGUCUCCACAGUUUAUAAAGUGAAAGAAGCUGGAAAAGACUUUACCUAUCUUCUCGUGGUAUUGGUUGGAAUUGGCAUAACAGGAGGAUUGUUCUAUGUGAUAUUUAAAGAGCUGUUCUCCUCCUCAAGUCCAAGCAAAAUAUACGGAGUUGCUCUGAAGAAGUGUAGAGUUCACCCAGAGAUAAUCGGAAUGCUGGGAGAACCUAUAAAAGGCUAUGGAGAGACAACUCAACGGGGUAGAAGGCGUCAUGUCAGCCACAUAGAAUAUGUGAAAGAUGGCGUGAAGCAUAUUCAACUCAAAUUUUAUAUUCAAGGCUCUGAACCCAUAAAAGGAACAGUGCACUUGGAUGCAAAACAGAACCCUGAAAAUGGAAAGUAUGAAUUCCGUUAUAUAUUUGUGGACUUUGACACCUAUCCUAAAAGAACCAUUAUCGUUGAAGACAACCGUUGAAGCUUAAAGUGUUAUGGAUUGCUAUACUUGGUCGAAGCUCAAGAUCUCCCCCUGCUUUGGUAGAUUAGUAAAUUAUGAAUAAGGAAUAAUUAGGUACCUUUACAGAUACCGUAAAAGCAAUUUAUUUGUGAGGAGGUCAGAUUCAGGGACUGGAAUACGAUUCCUGAAAACAUUUUGGAUUUUUAUACAUUCUCGAUUAAUGUAUUCUUUCUAUUAUAAUUCCUGAAAUGUAGUUGAGCCUUCUGAAAGGUUUUGCAGACCAGGUCAAGUUUGAGGACUAAUUGCUGGUCCAUUCAAUCAUGUAAAUUCAAUCAUGUGAGCAAAAAGGAAAAACGUUGUAAAUAAAGCAUAUUGUGAUUGUU